GUGAAGAUGGCGGCGGCGGCGGCGCUAGCGGCGGAUGAAGCAGAGCGGGCGCGGGGCCGGCGGGCCGCCCUGUCCUUCGCGGCCAUCGCCGUGGUGCUGGGGCUGCCGCUGUGGUGGAGGACGACUGAGACCUACCGCGCCGCCCUGCCCUACGCGGACAUCGACGGGCUGGGCCAGCUGCCGUUCCAGCUGGCCGUGCCCGUCGCCGUGGUCUUCGCCCCGGGGUCGGUGCCCGGGGACCUGCCGAGGCCGCUGCCCUUCAGGGACGUGCAGGAGAUGGAAAUUUCCGUGAAUUUGAGAACCAGCAUCACGGCCCGCUACGAGACAGUCUAUCGCAGCACCACAGCUCAGGAGGAGGCAGCGCUGGAUGUGGCUACUGCACAAGAGGCUGACGCUGCUCUGCACCUGCUGCAGAACGCUUCUUUGGGCUCUCUGACCAUGUACGUGGUCCCUGAAACCUCCUCUCUCCUGCCUCAGGGCAUCAGCGCUUAUGUGGGGAAGCACCGCAGCGCCCUGAUAAGGGCUGGGGGGGAUCUGCCCGCUCUCCGCACCCGCAUCCAGCAGCUCACACAGGUGAUGUCCUUCACGGCCAGCUCCAUCGCUGCCAGCCUCUCAGACCGCGUGCCUGAUGGCCAGCUUGGCCCUGACGCCCGGCGGCACUUGAAAUCCAGCCUGGGGUAUGAGAUCACCUUCAGCCUGCUGAACCCUGACCCCAAGUCCCAUGCCGUGGACUGGGACAUUGAGGAUGCCGUGAACCGCUAUGUGCAGCCCGUCCUGGACAAACUGAGCUUGGUGGCCAACUUCUCUGUUGACUCGCAGAUCCUGUACUAUGCUGUCCUAGGAGUGACGCCACGCUUUGACAAGGAGUCCUCCAGCUUCCUCCUGAGCGCCCACAGCCUCCCGCACGUCAUCAACCCUGUGGAGGCCAGGCUGGGCUCCAGUGCUGCCUCGCUCUACCCCGUGCUGAACUUCUUGCUAUACGUGCCAGAGCGUUCCCACUCGCCUCUGUACAUCCAGGACAAGGACGGAGCCCCAGUGAGCACCAAUGCCUUCCACAGCCCCCGCUGGGGCGGCAUCAUGGUUUACAACGUUGAAACCCCUGUUUCCCCCGAAGCCUCCCUCCCGCUGCACGUGGACGUGGACAUGGUGCGAGUGAUGGAGGUUUUCCUGGCCCAGCUCCGGCUACUGUUUGGGUUAUCUCGUGAGGAGCUGCCCCCUGAGUUCCUGCUGGAGAGCCCAGGGAAUGAGGGGCUGGCCGACUGGGAGCUGGACCGCCUGCUCUGGGCCCACACUGUGGAGAACAUCGCCACCGUGUCCACCACCUUGACCUCGCUGGCCCAGCUCCUGGACAAGAUUGGGAAUAUUGUCAUCAAAGAUGAUGUUGCCUCUGAGGUGUACCGAGCGGUGGCCUCAGCACAGAGCGCCAUGGCCAAGCUUGCCACAGGCCACCUGCACUCAGCUUUCCAGGCUAGCAAGGAGGCAGUCACCUCCUCGGAGCGGGCCUUCUUUGACCCGUCUCUCCUCCAUCUCCUCUACUUCCCUGAUGACCAGAAAUUUGCCAUCUACAUCCCGCUCUUCCUGCCCAUGGCUGUUCCUAUUCUCCUCUCCCUGGCCAAGAUUGUCCGGGAGGCCAGGCAGCGUAAGAAGGAGCCCACCAAGAUGGACUGAGCCCAUCACCAUGGUCCCCUGCCUUGGGGCUGUCU